AAUUGAGAAUGUAAAUGCUAGAUGUUAGAAAAGAGAGAAGUUUGUUGGUUGCUAGUUGAGUAGACGAAUGUCUUUUGGCUGUUAGCCUUGCAACGACGAGAAGGAGGGUGACAUGUCCAUGAGUGUUUCUGGAACUGUUGUUAUACAAUCUCCUAGAGGAACUGAGUCAUUGUCACUGCAAAGCUCUGUUUCUAGCAGCCAGCGUGCUUCUCUGGAAGAGGCCUUAUCUAGUGGAACUGUUGUAGUACGUGGCCAAAAUGAUGGUUCUGAUUCUCCUAGAACUCCAAAAUCCAGGGUAGGUAUACUUGAGAGAAAUUCAAACGCCUCACUUGAAGACAGUGCAGCAAGCCUUGCAGAGGUUGUUGAUAUGCCUGUUGAUCCAGAACUGUUAACAUGCUUGGUGUCGAAAAAGCUUAUCUUUUGGCUGAUGAUGCAAGCAAAGGCUGCAGUGCGAGCAGGAUUGAGAAAAGGAAAUGCGAGAGAAAGGUCUGCAUUGGGUAUGAUAGAUAUUUCUGCUCAGGAAAGUCAAAGAGGAGACGAAAUGGCUAACAGCUCUGAUUCUUCUAGAGAUUCACUUGAAUAUUUUGAUCCUCAAAGAGCAUUUACAAGAUCAUGUCAAGCAAGCCACAAUGACGAAAGGGCAAAGAUAGCAUCAUCAUCUGCACCACUGUCAAUGUUGCUUAUUCCUUCUUUAAAAGAGGCCCUUGCUGAUGAUUUGGAAGGGUUAGUUGUGCGUGCAGUUACAAAUUCUCUUGUGAAUAUGGAGCAUAAAAGCCCUGGAUCUUGUGAAGCUCUUGUUCGCAAGUUGCUUGAGAGAUUGGCAAGUUCAAAAGAAUCUUCAUUGAAAGAAAUGCAAGAGAUGGCGAUUCGCAUGUUCAUUAAGGGCAAGACAACAUCCGAAGCUGGAAAUAGAAGGCAACAACAGAAGGAACUUCAUACAAGCUCCAACAUUAUCCCGCUUGCAAGAUUUCUACUUUCCAGAUGGCAAACCCAAGUUUCUAAUGAUCUCAAUCCAGCAUAAUGAGGAAGAGGUGGAAAUGAUUACAUUACAUCGUUAUUUUAUAGUGUGCUUUCUAUUUAUGCAUUUACUCCGCUUCAAUGUACAUAACAUGGUAAGAAAAUGGUGUAUUUAUCAUCCAUUAUUCAUUGUUUUUCUGUUUUGAAGUUUUGUUUUGCAUUUUGAUGUAUAAUUAAGAUUUUGCUAAUAUGCAUUACAGAUGUAAUCUUUAUAAGAAUAAUAAUAAUGAAGAAUUAUAGUU